AUGGUCCAGCGUUUGACAUACCGUCAUAGGCUUUCCUACAACACAGCCUCUAACAAAACUAGGCUGUCCCGAACCCCUGGUAAUAGAAUUGUUUACCUGUACACCAAGAAGGUCAGGAAAGCACCAGAGUCAGCUUGCAACGAGUGCCCAGGCCGACUUCGAGGGGUUCAUGCUGUGAGACCUAAACUCCUUAUGAGAUUGUCCAAAACACAAAAACAUGUCAGCCAGGCCUAUGGUGGUUCCAUGUGUGCUAAAUGUGUCUUUGACAGUAUCAAGCAAGCUUUCUUUAUUGAGGAGUAG